GUUGUUUAAACUGCAAUUCUAUUCUACAUUUACUUCCCUUUGUAUCAUUUACGCUAAUUGAUAUCUUUGUAAAUGCCUCUCUCAGAGUAGACAAUGUUUAAAAUAAUCUAACCUUUGAUGCUUCCUUGCAGUUAAGACUUUAAUACACAUACAGAGUUGUGUCACUGAAGUGGGUGGGCAACUGAAAUUCAAUUAUGGAAGACAAGGACAAAUUAGGUGGCUAUCUUAUACAAAGUGAAGAUGGCGAACUACUUAUUGUCUGUAUUAAUGAAGAUCACGAAGAAGGUUCAGUGAAACAGGAGCUGCCUGAGCCUUCAAUGUCUACAUCCGAGAAUGAGGAAGAGAAUCUUGUUUCUAAAGUAAUUCCUGACAUUACCAUGAUAGGAAAUCUUGUGAAGCCUCAAACUGAUGCAUGUCUAGCAUAUGAAAAUUCUUAUUGCACAAAGAUGGACCCUGCUACAGUAGCUUAUCAUUAUGUGCCUGGAACAUCUCAGCAAAGUUCAAGUGUUUUACCAGAAACUGCAGCAUGUGAAGCAAGUACAUCUGAGGAAAACAUUAAAAACAAAAUGGACGAUUAUAGCAAUUCAUUAGUUGAUGAUGAUGAUGAUGAUGAUUUUGAUGAAGAUGAUGAUGAAGGUGCGGUUGGAGGAGACACUCCUCUUGCCAUGGUUAUUCAGUACUUAAACCAGCACUGCUCAGGUUACCCUGAACUAGAUGAUGAAGUUUUGUCUCAUAUGACUCAAGGAGAUGCUGAUGAGUGUAUUAAAGAUAUUGAUUUUCAACUGGAGCUUAUAGAGAAAGCAUGUGAGAAAUUUGAAAAGAUUGUGACUAGAGAAAGUGAUAUAAUGACAGACAUAAACAAAAGAAGCGAAAUUACUAGCAAUCAAAUGGAAAAGAAUAAAACACAAAGGAUUAUACAUCCAGAUCAGGGGGACAAGAAUGAAAUAGGCUCUGAACAAUUAUUUGAAAACAUUCUCACUAUUAAUAAUAAAUGUAGUAAAAAACAUAACACGAAGGAUAGUUCGUCAAAACCAAAACAAAGAUCUGCAAAGCUGCGCCGUGGGCUUCCAUAUUGCUGCAAGUGUGGAAGGGAUUCUCUUGUACAUGUGGAUAAGGUGUUUAUUCAGUGUUUUCCUGAAGCAAAAUCAGACAUAAUGGAUACACGAUUGCUGUCUGAGGUGUAUGGACAUUUUGAAACUGAUAAACAUGACCCCAUAGAAUUGUUGUUGUACAUUUUACAAAAGUACUGUAAUGAAUCGCAGAUGGUUUGCUGUUGUUUUUGCGGUGAGAAAUUGUACUCUAUCCACUCUAUAUUCAACCAUGUAACUACCACUGAUUCUCACCGACAUUUCUCUUCAUACAACCACAGCAGUUGUACAAUGCUGGUACCAGAAAAGAAACAUUUUGUUUGUGUCAUCUGCUGUACCAUGAAGGCCUCAACCAUUGAAAUAAUAUCUCAUUACCGAUACGAGCACCAGAUUGAGCACCGAGAGCAAAUAAGCAUGUUCUGCAAGGCAUCUCAGAUGUACACCCAGAAACAGGAGACCAUUGUCUGCAAUUACUGCGAAACAAAUCACGAACAUUUCAACGUCAUGAUGCAGCACAUCAGAAAACAGCAUCUAAUCAUUGAACCAAUGGAGUACAAAAAGCGCAAGAACCCCCUUGCACCCAAUGGUGCUGUACCGGUGGCUGUUUCAUCGAAAGAAACUGAUGGCAACAUUAAGAAAAGGAAAACUAGCUUCAUAUGUACAUAUUGUAAGCUAAGAUUUGUGUUUGCAAAAGAUCUGAAAGAUCAUAUAGAAAAAGCACACUCAAGUUCCUAGUGAGACACGAAUUUAAAACUCAUGUAUGAUGCAUAUGAUGCAUGUCACUAGAACACAUUUUGUUUAUCAUGAAUAUAAUAAUUAUUUGUUAUGGUCAGGUACCGGUAUCAGGGGUUCCACUGGCCCAAAAAAAGUUGUCGCCACUUUUUCGCGGCGUGAAUACUGUCGGUUAUUCCACCUUAUUAAUAAGAACAAUCAUUUCAAGAAACCUUACUACAUUAAUGUCAUUGACUAUAUUAUCACUUUAAAAAGUAUGUUAUUUCAUGAUAAAAAACAAUAAGUACCUUCAUAAGUCAUACCUUCAUAAGUCUUAAUAAGCUUUAUUUGUAUAUAAAUAACAUUUUUUUCAACUUGAUAAACAACACAGAUAACCAAAAUAAUAUAAUAAUGUUAACAUCAAUGUAUUAAACAGUAUCUCACUUCAAAGUGUUUAACAGUUAUAUUUGGUCAUUUGGACAUGAUAUACAUCAGCUUCUGUUGUUAACAAGUUUUCUGUUAGUGGUGGAUGAUUUCCAGGUUCAAUUAAAUGACUGUUGUUCACGCCUUUUUCCUGACUGAAAGGCCCAGAUAAUUGCCACCAUCCAUUCUAGUUGCCUGAAAUAACAUAAAACAUAUUUUAACAAACUAUCAACAUCAAACCAACACAUAAAUGUCCCUAUCUUUAAAUGUCCGAAUUUAACAUAUCCGAAAUAUAGUACAUCGAGUGAAUGUUUUAUAUUUAUUUCAGAAAUUGUUGUUAUUUUAAUCAAUUUAUAUCCUUCCCAGAACAUUACAAUAAUGAAUCUAUUAAACAGAAAUGCUCACAAAUACCUGUUGAAACAAGUUUUUAUUUGUUGAUGUGGAGAAAUUAAAUGCUUUUGCCAGCCCCACGGUUUUGAUUGUAACAAAGAAAUAGCGGCCCUAAUAAUCAUUAUAAUUAUUGAUCGUCGUGACAGUUUGUCCCCGUGUUACUUAACUUAUUGCGCAAUAUCAUAAAGGAGCCGUUAAUCCGAUAAUAACCCCAUAGAACUAGACAAUAGCAGUAAAAACACCGUUUGUAACACUUACAAGCUUCGGUGAUUUCAGUGCACUCUACACUGUAGGUUGCUUACAUCGUCGUAAAUCAAUAUUUACAACUGACAGACGCUGGCCGCUAAUGCUCGGUCGCGUGCUUUCGACUCGCAGUACAUUUUCGGAUAGGAUUUUACCGAUUUUUUAAAAUUCGCCACUUUUAAAAAAUUGGAGCCACAUUUAAAAAUUUAGCGACAUUUGGCGCCAAUUGCGAUCGACAGCGGAACCCCUGGGUAUAACAUUUAUGUCAAUAUUUUAUUGUUAGCAAUCUUAAACCUAAGCAUAAAAAUGAACAGCAAUAUUCAAUAAAAUAAUUGAUCUUAACUGGUUGAAUGAAUGGAAUGCUGUUUAUUUCAAUGAAAUUUAUAAUGGCAAGUUUACGCCAGUACACACAUGUUUAGUGGCAUUAGUUGCUGAACAAAAAAUUGUUGAACUGUUGAAUGACAAAAUCCCAACAGUAGAUGUAUUAGUUAUUGACUGUACAGCAAAAAUUGUUUUCCAUUGUAUGGAACUAAUUAUAUUAAUAGUAUUAUAAUAUUGUUAUAAAUGAAUAAUACUGUACUAAUAAAUUAGGUGAUGUUACAUACAUUAAAGUAACAAAUUAUGACAGUACCAAAAAGCAACUGACAAUAAUUUGAAUAAAUACAAAAAUAAAAACAGAACUGAUGAAUGAA